AUGGCCACCUCCGUCACCCUCACCAGUCAGGAUCUGGCCACCUCCGUCACCCUCACCAGUCAGGAUCUGGCCACCUCCGUCACCCUCAUCAGUCAGGAUCUGGCCACCUCGUCACCCCCAUCAGGAUCUGCCUCCGUCACCAUCACCAGUCAGGAUCUGGCCACCUCCGUCACCCUCACCAGUCAGGAUCUGGCCACCUCCGUCACCCUCACCAGUCAGGAUCUGGCCACCUCCGUCACCCUCACCAGUCAGGAUCUGGCCACCUCCGUCACCUCACCAGUCAGGAUCUGGCCACCUCCGUCACCCUCAUCAGUCAGGAUCUGGCCACCUCCGUCACCCUCACCAGUCAGGAUCGCCACCUCCCUCACCAGUCAGAUGCCCCUCCUCACCCUCACAGCAGGAUCUGCCACCUCCGUCACCCUCACCAGUCAGGAUCUGGCCACCUCACCCCCACCCUCCCUCACCAGUCAGGAUCUGGCCACCUGUCCCACCAGUCAGCACUCCCCAGAUCGCACUCCGUCCCCACAGGAUCUGGCCACCUCCGUCACCUCACCAGUCGGAUCUGGCCUCCGUCACCCUCACAGUCAGGAUCUGGCCACCUCCGUCACCCUCACCAGUCAGGAUCUGGCCACCUCCGUCACCCUCACCAGUCAGGAUCUGGCCACCUCCGUCACCCUCACCAGUCAGGAUCUGCCACCUCCGUCACCCUCACCAGUCAGGAUCUGGCCACUUCCGUCACCCUCACCAGUCAGGAUCUGGCCACCUCCGUCACCCUCAUUUGUGCGGUGUUUUACGUCAGCGGGGGAGGGAGGGGCAGUGUUGGUCACAGGCGGCGACUCAAUACAAAACAACUGA